GUAUUGUGGUUGGAAUGCAUCAAAAUAGUCAGCCAUGGAGAUGUAGCAGCCGCUCCGCCCACCAUUUGCCUCGAUAGUUUUCUGCGGUUCUACUUGGCUCUUGCUCCAUCUCGAGAUCCUCUUCUAUCGUCGAACAUGGGGCCGACAGCAGCACAGGAGAAGGAGGAGGAGGAGGAGAAAGAGACGGAGAUGAGCGGCGGAGCCGGGGGCGCGGUGGCGGAAACCCUGCUACAGGUGGUGGCGGAGGUGUCCGCUCUGCCGGAGAGUCGCGGGCCGCUGCGGCAGAUGUGCUGCGACCUCGCGCGGCGGGUUAAGCUCCUCGCCCCGCUUUUUGACGAGCUGAGGGACGACGCCGUCUCUCUCGGGCCGGCCGAGCUCCGCGGCCUCGAGUCGCUCUACGCCGCCCUCGCUGGGGCCAAGGAGACCCUCCGAUCCGUGAACGAUGGGAGCAGGCUGUAUCAGGUUUUGCGGCCACAAAAAUUUCAACGGCUGUUCCUUAAGGCAACUGAAUCUAUUGAGGAGGCACUCGGUGAGAUUAGCUUGGACAAGCUUAAUGUAUCUGAUGAAGUUAAAGAGCAGAUUGAGCUAUUGCAUGCUCAGCUUCAUAGAGCUAAAGAAAGUAUGGACUUACGUGAUUUACAACUUAGCAGAGAUUUAAAUAGAGCAUUAAAUGAAGGUCACUGUGAUCCUACCAUCCUCAAGAGAAUAUCCGAGAAGCUUCAACUCAAAAAUAAGAAUGACAUUAUGAAGGAGUCAGUUGCUCUGCACGAAAUGGUAAUUUCAAGUGUUGGGGAGCCUGAUGUCUCUGUGGAGGAAAUGUCGUCACUGCUGAAGAAGCUUAAAGAUUGUUCACUCUUGGAGGAUCCAACUUCUGCCAGCAUUGAAAGGAAAACUAGCUUUGCAAAGCAUAGAUCUCCGGUGAUCCCAGAUGAUUUCCGGUGUCCACUUUCUCUUGAGCUGAUGAAGGAUCCCGUCAUCGUCUCCACAGGACAAACAUAUGAAAGAUCUUACAUCCAGAAGUGGCUCGACAGUGGACACAAGACCUGCCCCAAGACGCAACAAUACCUAUCCCACACUGCUGUCACCCCAAAUUUCGUUUUGAAGAGCUUAAUUGCACAAUGGUGUGAUGCCAAUGGCAUCGAACUGCCCAAAACGCAAGGUGGUCACCAAGAUAGGAAGCCAGCAAACAAUUCUGAUAUUAGUCGUGAUGGGAUCAACAUACUACUGCAGAAGUUGGCAAAUGGAAACCAAGAAGCGCAAAGAGCAGCUGCUGGCGAACUCCGAUUACUAGCAAAAAGAAAUGCGGACAAUAGAAUAUCUAUCGCUGAAGCAGGUGCAAUCCCCUUACUCAAACAACUCCUUUCAUCUCCAGAUCCAAGAACACAAGAGCAUGCAGUUACAGCACUUCUUAACCUUUCGAUAAAUAGCGAUAACAAGGGUAUCAUUGUAAAAGAGAAGGCAAUACCCGAGAUAGUAAAGGUGCUUGAAAGCGAGAGUAUGGAAGCAAGGGAGAAUGCUGCCGCUACUCUUUUUAGUUUGUCAACUGUAGAUCAAAACAAAGCCCUCAUAGGGGAAGCUGGGGCUAUACCUGCACUUAUCAGUCUGCUGUGCCAAGGCAGUCCAAGAGGCAAGAAAGACGCGGCCACUGCGAUAUUUAAUCUCUGCCUUUAUCCUGGUAACAAGGUUGUCGCACUGCAAGCCGGUAUCGUGGUACACUUGAUGACGAUGCUGGACGAUCCUGGUGCUAGUCUGGUCGAUGAAGCACUAGCCGUACUGGCAAUUCUUGCAAGUAUUCAAGAAGGCAAGGUGGCGAUCGCACAUUCAGACCCUACUCCAGUUUUGCUAAAGCUAAUGAAGACCGGAUCAGCGCAGGUUCGCGAGAACGCUGCCGCGCUGUUGUUUUCAUUGUGCAGUGGUGUUGAAGAGAACCUUGAGGCUGCAAAGGAGGGGGGAGCAGAAGAGGUGUUAAAAGAGCUUGUUGAGACUGGCACAGAAAGGGCCAAGAGGAAAGCUGGGAGCCUCCUGGGGCUCAUUUGCCAGGCUGCAGAGGCUUCUGUCAGUGAUUCUGCCAAAACCUAGAACUGCUUGUUUUGGAAUCAUGUAAACAGUUGUUGCUCUUUGGGAUCUUGCAAUGACCAAUGAAGAACUUGUUAUUCUACCAAGUUAGUCUCAGUCUCAAAAAUAGCACAUGUAUUGAAAGCAUCACAACAUAUAUGAGAAACAAAUAUUGUCUUAAAUGUGAAAGAUAAGUACAACUUA